UACACCCCCGAGUACGAGCGACCGACGCCGCUGGUCCCAAGUUGCUGCCCGCACCCUCCCCCCACUCAUGCCCAAACAAGGACAGAAUCGAGAAGUCGUGAGGAAACGGGGAAAGAAAGAAGCGGGUGUUUCAAAGUGAUUACGGGUGUGCGGACCCGGCGGUGCAGCUCGCGGAACCUGGAGGGGAGUCCGGGUGGAAGCCCCGGGCUCCGCCCGCUGGGGCGGGGGACGUCGGGGCGCCGGGCGCGUGCGCGGUGAGGCCCCAGCCCUGGACGCCGUUGUAGCGAUGCCUAUUUUAGUCAAAGCUACUGCCUGCGCGGGGAUCCGUUACGAGCCGAGGAGCCACCGAUCUGCUGAGUCUUUCGCAUCGGGCGCCUUUGGAGCCGUCGCACCCGCGUCCCUGCGCCCCGCUGGUGGCUGCCCCAAACUUUGGUCAGCGCCGCCCAGGAUCGGAGCCUGGGACAAGCCAGUAGGGCCGCCGGGUCCUGCGCGGAGGCGGUGUGCGGUGGUGUGAGGUGGAACACCGCGCUCAGUGCACAUCUCGUGGUCUGAGAGCUUCGGGUCAAAGAGAACAGUGGACACUGACCCUCCUUCUUUUAGGAACCAGGAAUUUUCAAGAUGAAUUACACUGAGUCCAGCCCAUUGGCAGGAUCAACAGCAAUAGGUUUUACACCUGAGUUAACAAGUAUUAUACCUGUGCCUUCCAAUGAGACCACUUGUGAAAACUGGAGAGAGAUACAUCAUCUAGUUUUUCAUGUAGCAAAUGUUUUUUUUGCAGUCGGAUUGAUUAUUCCAACUACUCUUCAGCUCCAUAUGAUACUUCUUAGGGGGAUGUUAGCUAUAGGAUGCUCCCUUUACAUCGUCUGGGCCACCCUCUACCGAUGUGCCUUGGAUGUCAUGGUCUGGAACGCUGUGUUCCUCAGCGUCAACACUUUGCAUCUUUCAUAUCUUUUGUACAAGAAGAGACCGGUAAAGAUUGAAAAGGAACUCAAUGGCAUCUACCGGCGAUUGUUUGAACCGCUCCGUGUGCCUCCAGAUUUGUUCAGAAGAUUAACUGGGCAGUUCUGUAUGAUUCAACCCUUGAAAAAGGGCCAGACUUAUGCUAUAGAGGAUAAAACCUCAGUUGAUGACCGCCUGAGUAUUCUCCUGAAGGGAAAAAUGAAGGUCUCCUAUAGAGGACAUUUUCUGCAUAACAUUUACCCCUGUGCCUUUAUAGAUUCUCCUGAAUUUAGAUCAACUCAGAUGCACAAAGGUGAAAAAUUCCAGGUCACCAUUGUUGCAGACGAUAACUGCAGAUUUUUAUGCUGGUCAAGAGAAAGAUUAACUUACUUUCUGGAAUCUGAGCCUUUCCUAUAUGAAAUAUUUAGGUAUCUUAUAGGAAAAGACAUUACAAAUAAGCUCUACUCAUUGAAUGAUCCCACCUUAAAUGAUAAAAAGGCCAAGAAGUUGGAGCACCAGCUCAGCCUUUGCACACAGAUCUCCAUGCUGGAAAUGAGGAACAGCAUCGCCAGCUCCAGCGACAGCGAAGACGGCUUACACCAGUUUCUUCGGGGCCCCUCCAGCGUGUCCUCUCUUCAUGUGCCAUCCCCCCACCAACGAGCCUCGGCCAAGAUGAAACCAAUAGAAGAAGGGGUGGAAGAUGACGACGAGGUCUUUGAGCCCGAGUCUCCAAAGACAUUUAAAGUCCAUGAGUUGCCUUGAUUGGAGAGAAGAGUCAAGUUACCAAGAGGGGAAAAAAAACUGUCUUGAAGAGAUCCUGGAAAAUACCAGCACUUUUUCACCACUUUUAGAUUAUUCUGCUUUAGGACAUCCAGACGGGUAGAGUGUGAGGGCAGAAGAGUGAGGGAGAGCCAAAAACAGAAAGGGUAUUUCAGCUCUCCUUUCUGUUGGUCAGCUUUCUGAGUGGUCGUUCUCCCGAGCCCUCGGACGAAAACCAGCUCUAUUUUGAGAUAAUGUAUUUUCACAGUAUUUUCUAGAUACACUAUCAUUUUAACUUUAAAAAAAUCUUAGUGUUCUGUCAAAUGCUUUCUCACUUAUUUUUCCAAGUUGUGGUUCCUCUUCUUCACGGCGCCCUUUUCACAAUAGUGUUGUGCAUUUUAUAGCGUUAACAAUGUCAGUUUGAAAUUGAAAUUGAAGUAACAUUAAAAAGCAGGGAAUCUCA